GAGUGGAAGAAGAGGAACACUUUGAAUCACUACAGGGUACCGGACGGAGCGUCGCUCAACUUAGUCUCCAAACAAUCGUCUAUAUACAAUCUCUCAAUUCUGUCGGAGAAAACGGACAAAUCGCACAAGUACGAGACUUUGAAUCUGAGCAAGUUCAGUUCGGCGAGUCCUCCACUUUCUCGCGCCACUUCGCCGCUCAAUCAGAAUAUUGACGCCGGUAUGAAGGUUUGGCACCUCGUCAAACACCACGAUUCCGACGCGCGAAAGGAGGGAGAUCGCGGCAAUAAAAUGGUCUCGGAGAUCUAUUUGACGAGGUUACUGGCGACCAAGGGUACGCUCCAGAAGUUCGUCGACGACCUGUUCGAGACAAUAUUCAGCACUGCCCAUCGAGGCUCGGCGCUACCUCUCGCCAUCAAGUACAUGUUCGAUUUUAUGGACGACCAAGCUCUGCAACACGGCAUAUCCGAUCCGGAAGUGGUCCACACGUGGAAGAGCAAUUCCCUUCCCCUUAGGUUUUGGGUUAAUCUUAUAAAAAAUCCCAAUUUUAUUUUCGAUAUACACAAGUCCAACAUCGUGGACUCGUGUCUAUCCGUCGUGGCGCAGACGUUCAUGGAUAGCUGUUCGACGUCGGACCAUAGAUUAGGUAAGGACUCUCCGAGUUCAAAACUAUUAUAUGCAAAGGACAUUCCAGUGUACAAAGAGUGGGUAGAGCGUUACUACUCAGAUAUUAAAGUCAUGCCAGCCAUAUCCGAUCAAGACAUGAAUGCCAUGCUUGCCGAAGAGUCGAGGUUGCACACAACGGAGUUUAACACGAAUUGUGCUUUAUACGAACUGUAUACAUACGCGGGUAAAUACAACGAACAACUAAUAGUCACGCUCGAGGAGGACGAGUUCUCGCAAAAGCAGAGACUGGCGUAUAAGCUCGAGCAAGUGCACAAUAUAAUGGCGGCGGACAAUCCCUGAUGCAUGACCAUGAACUCCAUGAAGCACAUGACAAAACCUGCUCGUCAAGAGUUACCCUGCUGAGCGGUCAAUCGCGGUCCGGCAUAAUUAUCAACGGCGCGAACGAGGGGAACUGGCCUACCUUGAAAUCGAUUAUCUCAGGUUCCGUGCAAAAGCCAGUUUUCUCAGUUUAACGUGAAUCGCGAGUGAACUUUGGAGUUAUUCCAAACGGGAAGCUGAAGAAAAAAGCGUCGCGAGUUAAACUGGGAAUUAAUUAAAGGACUAAAUGUUAAAAGUAAUGUGUCGAGGAAGUCUUCUCAGAGGUCGCCAGUUCGUAGGUGUGGCCAUAAUCAUAAGCACAUUGCCGCGUGCGCGCAUAAUUGUACAUAAGAUAUCAAAAAAAAAUCAUGAAUAAUUGUAAUAGGAUAUUAAAUGUACGAUCACUCCUUGACGAUCGAGUCGAGUUGCAAAAGCGGGAUGAGAGGGCGUUUCCCUCGCCGCGCGGUGAUCGCACGCCCGUUUGCACCACGAGUGAUUAAAAAAAAAAAACAUGAAUGUAAUGUGAAACACACGCUAGUGAUAAGAGAGAGGCGCGAGUGAGGGAAUCGGCCGCGAUAUCGAUCGAUAAUUUGUAAAUGUGUUUAAAAAAGAAAAAGAAACGGUCGAGAUUGCCGACGCCGUGAAUCUCGGUGAGCUGGCGAUUUUUAACGAAGAAACAUUUCCAUCCACCGCUACUCUAGCUGAAAUUUUUUGAAUUACGUGAACUGAGACGAAUUUUAAGAGAUAAUGAUAAUUACUGGUAACGAUGAAAUAAUUAAACGAUAUGGGUAUAUUAUAUAUAUGUAUGGAUGGUAUGUCGUAUGUAUAUGUGUACAUAUAUACACUUUAUACCGGCGCAAGCAUGCCUGUGUGUGCGUGUGCGUAUAUCUAGUAUCCGAUGAGGAGGCGCGCGUGCGAGCAGGUAGGACGGUAUCCCGCGCCGAGUUAUUUUGCCAUAACUUUAUCACACAAAAAAAAAUAAGAUUUUACCGAGACCCAAGGAAGUCUCACUCGCUCACACGCUUACAAGCGCGCUGUCGCACGCUCCAUAACUCGGCAGCGCCGUACCGCGCGCACGUGCGUAUUUAAUAUGGUGUAUUACGUAUACUUACACGGCGCUCGCGAGGAAGGCAGGAAGGAAGGGAGGGAAAAAAGAAGAGUCAUCCGCGCAACGGAGACAGACUGUAUAUUAGUUAGUAAGUAAUUAAUCUAUGGACUAUGGCCGCGCGCGAGGCCAGCUCGAUGUGACGGUUGUGUUGAGUGUGCGUGCUUCCCCUCCUUGGUCUCCGCGACUCAAUCGUUCCAUUUCGCCCAUUUAAUCGUUCAUUCCUAUCGUGGUGCAUCCAUCACCGAUGUCAUCGUCGCUAUUCCAUAAUCAUCGAUAGCCCCAUCCUUCUCCUCCCUCAUCCUCCAUGUCCAGCUCGUUAAUUCCCAAUUCCUCUCUCCCUCUCCUCUCAUACUACUUGUAGCGUAUCCACCAUCGAAACUCUCCUGCUCUUCCUUCAUCCUACUAGAAUUCAUCCACAUACCACUUUCAAUCUCUAUCUACCUUUCUCUCUCUUUCUCUCUUUCUCCCUUGUAAUGCUUCAACGCCUCCGUCGUCAUGUUGUUGUCACUCUUAAUUAUUGUAAUAUAUAAUGAAUAACGAUCACUGUUGAGUAUUGUCUGAUUGUAAUACAUUGAUAUUGAAUUGA